CCUCGGCCCGCUCCGUAGCGGUCCUGCGAGGGGCGGGGCCAGCCGGGGGGUGAAGGCCCGGAUGCGGAAGUGCUCGCUUCUGUCUGCCCACAGGCCGCAGCAGUUGGAGCCACCGGACCCGGCCCGGAGCCAUGCCUCGCAAAAUUGAGGAGAUCAAGGACUUCCUGCUGACAGCCAGGAGGAAGGACGCCAAGUCCGUCAAGAUCAAGAAGAACAAGGACAAUGUGAAGUUCAAGGUGCGCUGCAGCCGGUACCUGUACACGCUGGUCAUCACGGACAAGGAGAAGGCCGAGAAGCUGAAGCAGUCCCUGCCCCCAGGUUUGGCCGUGAAGGAGCUGAAAUGAACCGUUCCUGUCCAGAUUUCUCCACGUUUGUUACAAUAAAAAUUAAACUGUU